AUGUCCCACGCAUAUACCAGAAUAUCUGUUGCUCUCAGCAACGAGGAUGUUGUCCUCAAUAUUGCUGGUCAUGAUCCCAAGGGAGAGCUCAUCCUCUCACAGAAGUUUUUGGAGCAGUACAAGAGUGCCAAGACUCCAGCCGCAUUGCAGAUAUUCCUGCUGUCCAUGGUGCCCUAUGCUGAUGUCCAAGCUCGUGCAGAAAUCGACCAAGCUGUAAAACAUGAUAAAAUGCCGUGCCUUGAUGACAGGGCGUCAAUGCCCUACCUUGAUGCCAUUCUCCGCGAGGUCUUGAGAUGGUAUCCUGUCGUUCCCCUAGGAAUUCCACAUGCAACUGCUGACUUCUCUCCGCUAUAA